ACAGAAGAAGAGAGACACAGAAAAGGCAAGCCAUGGCUUUGCAUGGAAUGCUUUUACAACAAAAAUUGCUACUUGGAGCCUUAAUUUUAGUAGCAACAGCCGCAUCUCAACCCGAUUCGAGCUGCAACAGCACAUGUGGAAAUCUUAGCAUCCCUUACCCAUUUGGAACAAGUGAGGGCUGUUACCUUGAUCCAUCUUUUCUCAUCACUUGUAACUACUCGUCCGGGACUCCAAAACCGUUUCUGGGCGAUAAUAUACCUAUCCUUGACAUAUCAUUAUUGGAUGGUGAAUUGCGAGUCUCAAGCUUCGUAGCCCGUGAUUGUUACAACGAGUCAGGCCUCCCUGUCAACGGCCACGAUACCUUGUUCACAUUGUCAGAUUUCACCUUCUCAUAUACGAGGAACAAGUUCACUGUCAUCGGAUGCGACACUUUUGCGUUUAUUGACAGUUUAGGGGAACGAAACUACUCGAGUGGAUGUACUGCAUACUGUGACCGCAUUGAUAGUGUGGUUAACGGGUCUUGCUCCGGCAUUGGCUGUUGCCAAACUCCUAUCGCAGAAGGUAUAAGGGAUUUUAGUCUUAGUGUUCAUAGCUACAAGAACUACUCCGCAGUACGCAGCUUCAACCCAUGUGGUUUUGCUUUUCUAGUGGAAGCAGAAGCAUUCAACUUUUCCUCCUUAGACCUUCAACAAUUGCAGAACAGAGAGUAUGUUCCCCUGGUGCUUGAUUGGGCAGUCGGAUAUGAGACAUGCGAAGAUGCUAAGGGAAAUAUGACAAGCUAUGCAUGUAAGGCGAAGUAUAGUUAUUGUUACAACUCCACCAACGGUGCUGGGUAUCGUUGCAAUUGCACCACUGGUUUUCAGGGAAACCCAUACCUCCCUCAUGGUUGCACAGAUAUUGAUGAGUGUGGAACUCCAAACCGUUGCGAUUCUACUCAAAAAUGCAACAACUUUCUUGGGAGUUACAAUUGUUCUUGUCUUCAAGGAUACGAAGACGAUGGGAGAGGAAGUUGCCAUGCUAAAGUGAACCAAUCUAAGGUUAUCCGUAUUGCAUUGGGUAUCAGCAUAGGCCUCUUAGCACUGGUCGUGGGAGGUUCAUGGAUAUCUUGGACACUGAAAAGAAGAAAGCUUCUCAAGCUCAAAGAGAGAUUUUUCAAACAAAAUGGUGGAUUAAUGUUACAACAAAAACUCUUGAGUCACAGAGGGUCUAGGGAGACAGAUAAAAUCUUUAGUGUAGAAGAGCUUGAAAAGGCCACCAACAACUACGACAAGAGUAGAGUCCUUGGCCAAGGAGGCUUUGGAACUGUUUACAAAGGAGUGUUGCCAAAUGACAAAGUUGUUGCCAUUAAGAAGUCCAAAAUUAGUGAUCAGAGACAAAUUGAACAAUUCAUAAACGAGGUGAUUGUGCUUACCCAAAUCAAUCAUAGGAAUGUGGUUAAGCUAUUAGGUUGUUGUUUAGAAACAGAAGUUCCCUUACUAGUUUAUGAAUUCAUCACAAACGGGACUCUUUCUGACCAUAUCCAUAAUAAAAGCCUAGCAUCCUCACUCUCAUGGGAAAAGCGUCUAAAAAUAGCAACAGAAACUGCAGGAGCACUUGCAUACUUACACUUUUCAACUUCUAUGCCAAUUAUACAUAGGGAUGUGAAACCUUCAAAUAUACUUUUAGAUGAUAAUUACAUGGCAAAAGUGUCUGACUUUGGAGCUUCGAAGCUAGUACCUCUUGAUCAAACACAGUUAAACACUUUGGUGCAAGGAACUUUCGGGUACUUGGAUCCCGAAUACUUCUAUACUAACCUACUAACAGAAAAAAGUGAUGUCUAUAGCUUUGGCGUUGUUCUUGCAGAGCUAUUAACGGGAAAUGAGGCACUCUCUUUCAAAAGGCCCGAAAGUGAUAGAAAUCUCGCAUCGUACUUUGUUUCUGCAAUAGAAGAGGAUCGCCUACUUCAAAUUCUUGAGGAUAACAUUGUGAAUGAGGGCAAUAUUCAAGAACUAAAGGAAGUUGCUAAGCUUGCAAAAAAGUGCUUAAGCAUAAGAGGGGAAGAUAGGCCGACUAUGAAGGAAGUGGCAAUGGAGUUGGAGGGAUUGACAAUUAUGGUGAAGCAUCCACGGAAAAAUGCUGAUCUCCACAAGGAAGAGACUGAGUUCUUCCUCGACGGCCAUACACUCUCUUUCAACAUUGAUGUUGGCAUUGGUUGUUCUUCUACUACUGAGUACAAUAGCAUGACGAACCAGGUAUUGGAACCACUAAAUGAUGGUAGAUAAUUUAUAAGUCCAUGGUGAUGCAGACGACAAGAGUUAAUUGGGUCCUGUAAUUUUAUUUUGGUUUUACUAGUUUUAAUUUGUGUUUAUUUUAAUUUUCAAGCUAGUCAAAAGUAUUUUGUGAUCCAAUAAAUGGAAACGAAUGACGUUUUUUCA